UUGCUGUGGUUUUCAUAGAGGCAGCCAAAAACUCGGCGCUGCGUUUGUUGUCAACUGACCUUGCCCAGCGGAGAUGGCGAGUUUUGUCCGAUUAAGUACUUUGUGUCAUCGAGGUGUAAAACCUCUCUUAUCAAAGAACGCUGUCUUGCCACGUGAGUUGUUAGCUUGUCGAACCUGGCGUGAAAGAGAUUCUUUACAGUGUGUGGCUCAUAGUCAUGCAGCAUCACAUUCAGCGGCCCAAGGCUCCAAGGCAGCGUCCAUGCACUGGACGGGUGAGCGGGUGUUGAGCGUGGUCUUGUUGGGCAUGGCCCCUGCUGCCUACCUUUCCCCUGGCCCAGCGGUGGACUUCGCUGUGGCUGCAGCACUCACGCUUCAUGGACACUGGGGGAUUGGCCAAGUGCUAACAGACUACGUUCAUGGGGAGACGAAAAUCAAGCUUGCCAAUGCUGGGCUAUACACUUUGUCCAUGGUGACUUUCGCCGGACUCUGCUACUUCAACUACAAAGAUGUUGGCAUCUGCAAAGCCAUCGCCAUGCUGUGGAGCGUCUGAAGGGACAAAAAUGUGGAACGUGAGAUCUAAUUGUAUCCUCUGUCUUUGUCUCUAGUCACUGAGAGUUUUGCCUGUACUUGAAGUCGUGUUUUUUCAACUGUACUUUGUCCAUUGUCAUAUAUCCUGACUGUGCACUAGGAAAGUUCUAAUUUAUUGCUAAGCGCACAAUAUUUUUGUUUGAAUGUGCACAAUGUCAUGUGAGAUGACCUCAUAUUUUAAAAAGUAGUGUAAACAUGGUGUUUUAGGAACACCAAUAUCCUGUAAUGUUUAUUGCAAUUAGAUUAGACCUUUGGCUAAUGCCAACAUUCUUUUUCAUUGUCAAAGAUUGCAAUGUGGUCCACAAAUGGAGCAAUCAUGAAUUUGCAUGUCAUCACAUACAGUAUAAAUGUACCACAGGGACAAAUCAUGACUGAUGUAGUCAUUGGCUUUAGCCCCCUAUAUUAUUGUCUAUCUAACAAUUCACUUUGCUUGUGGCUCAAAAGCCUAAGGCACUGGUUUAUUACGUCGGGGACCCGGGUUCGAUUCUGACCCAAGGUCAUGUCCUGAUCUGCCCCUGUCUCUCUUCCCCACCCAUGUCCUGUCCUACUCUUCACUCUGCUAUCCUUAUAAAGGUGAACAUUUCCCAAAUAUGUAUUAACAAACAAAAAAAUAAUUAAAUCUAAAUUUAACAAACAUUGGAAGUGCGAGUGACGAAAAUGGACCUUUCCCAGUGCCGCAUAGCAGUUGCCACAGAAACUCAUAUAUAUGAUGAACAGGGGUCAACACACCCAUGUCACGGACAAGUCCUCCAAAAAGCAAACUGGUCUCCCAUUGACAAACAUAAUGGCGUUCCGUGUACAUGUUCAGUCUGUGUGCACACCACUAAAAAUAAUAGGACUUUUUAAUACAGUGCACUGACAUACAAUUAUAUCGGUACACUUAAUUAUAUCAUCAGCAGGGGGUGCUACAGCACUCUCCUUCCUCCACACAGGCUCCUAAAUUCACUUCUGAUUUUGCUCCACAGUUAUUUUUCUCACAAACUGUUGCCUUUGUUGUUAUCAAUAUAUAUAUGUUAUUGCAGCCAAAAACUAUAACUUUCUACUAUCUGCUUACUGUUUACUUGGGUCUUGUACUGUAUUUAUGAGCCUCAAACCAUUCCAACACAGCUUCAAAUGUAUAUUGCAUAUCUGUCUUUGUCUACUUUCACAAUUGAUGCACAAAAAGAUGCUGGAAUGUGUGUUUCAGUUUGUGGUCAAGUAAUGUCGUUUAUACAGAUGGGUAGGCGACCAAUAUACAAAGGAACGAGAGAUUAUGCUGAUUCACUUAUACUGUAAAGGCAUUUAAUUGCUUUCCUAAUAAAGCAAAAUAAUAUUCA